CCUAGGUUGAACGCCGUAUCCCAACAAGCUAGUGUCUUAAGCCCUGAGACCUGGCUAUCAGCAACGGAGACGGUGCAGGACUGGCUCCUCCUGCUCUGCUCAUCCACCACUCUGCUACCACCCGCCACCACAAACCCCAGUGGUUCUUAUAACGAUGUCGACUGAAGAGCCCCGUAUGCCCAAGCAGCAGCAGCGAGAAGCGUUGCAUCAGUUUCAAGAGCCUCGAUCACUCCGAUUCGCUCAGGUCGUAUCGGCAGUUAUCUACUGUCUCUUUGCCAGUGGGGUAAUUUUCGGAUACGCUGCUUUGAAACCUGUUCUGGUAUCUGAGGGUGUGUAUAGACACCUUUGUACGCCGGACGAAAUCAAAUCCCAUGUUCGGGUAUGCCGUGAGCAAGAGCUCCGGAUGAAUGUUAUGUUCAAUAUCGCCGCUGUUACGACAAAUGUCGCUGCCCUACCUGUUGGGGCAAUACUCGACCGUUUUGGCCCUCAAGUAACCAGUCUAGUGGGUUGCGUGUUUUUGCUCUUUGGACCAGUCCUUCUGGCUAUUGCGCCUAUGAUACCAGUGGACAAGUUUGAUGGCUUCAUUCUUGGGUAUCUGCUACUUGCGCUGGGUGGUCCCUGCAUCUUUAUCUCGACCUUCCAGCUCUCCAAUGCCUUUCCUACCAAUUCUGGCCUCGUUCUCAGUUGCGUGACUGGUGCGUUUGACGCCAGUAGUGCCGUUUGGCUCGCAUACCGCCUUCUGUACCAGUCUACGGUCGAUUCCGAGGACCAAGUCGGAAAGGGAAAGAUCAGCCUUACCAUUUUCUUCGCUUGCUACUGCAUAGUUCCAGUCACCAUCACCAUUCUCCAGUUUACCAUAAUGCCGAAGCAAAGCUACAAGAGUAUGGGCGAAAUCGUCAGGGAGAUUGAGACUGGUACUUUGGACCCCCACGAAGAAGCGGUGGAUGAUGACGAGAUAAAUGGCCUGACACCUCCACCAGCAACGGCUCGGGUGCUUUCUUCCACUAGCACAUCUGUGGACCAUGAACAGGAUGGACACGUGCGCAUUGUGGAGCCUGGACCGAGUGAACAUACCGGCCUUCUGAGCCUAAGUCGCAAGAGCAACACUGCAGACAUCAGGCAAAGACGGCGUUCCAGCGCCGUUAGCCAAAUAUCUGCCAUUAUAGGACAACAAGCCGUAGAAAGGGUUCAGAAGAAGGAAGAACACAAGAGAGCCAUUAGCGGAGUUUGGGGUUCCUUGCACGGCGAGAGUGCUCUGCGACAGGUUGGGAGUCUCUGGUUCAUCCUGGUUGUUCUAUUCGUCAUGCUGCAGAUGCUUCGAACCAAUUACUUUAUUGCCACUGUUAGGCCGCAGUACGAACACCUCUUGCAAUCCUGGGAGCUAUCUCUCGCCAUUGACAGAUUUUUUGACUUGGCCCUUCCACUUGGCGGUCUUAUAUCUAUUCCAUUCAUCGGCAUAUUGCUCGACCAUACCUCGAGCCCCCUCGCACUGUCGGUGCUAGUGCUGUUCGCAGCUGUUAUAGGUUGCCUUGGCAUUAUUCCCCAUUCUUUGACCGCCGGAUAUGCCAAUGUCGCUCUUUUCGUUGUCUAUCGACCAUUCUUUUACACCUCAAUCUCGGAUUACGCAGCGAAAGUAUUCGGAUUCGAAACGUUUGGCAUCGUGUACGGCCUCAUUAUAUGCACCUCUGGCUUAUUCAACCUCGUGCAGUCCGUCCUCGACUACGCGACAAUCCAUGUGCACCAAGGUAACCCGAUUCCAGUCAACAUCGGGCUCUUAAUUUCAGGCUUAGUGAUAGGCUCUAUUUUUGUUGCUUUCGUUGAGGAUCAGGUUAAUCGGAUCAAGAGAAGCAAAGCGCGUGAGGCAUUGGAGGAGGCAGAGAACAUCCAGGAGGUCGUGGUCCCAGAUGGGUCGCCUGCGUAUCGUUAGCCUUUACGAGUUGUCUCGUAGGGUUGCUUUCAUCGUUCCCAUCAUAUGCAUGACCAUGUCGAGAUUUCCCUAGUACUGUCUGUCACCUUUAUACCAGGGCCAGGAACGCACGAGGCAGUGCGUGUAACAGCCUCCGAUGUAC